UCCACGCGUGAGUGCUUAUAAAUAGAGCUAGACUUCGCUGCGGUGCUUCAAACUCCAUUUCAUACUUUUUCUAUACUCUUUUUUUCUGAUUCAUUAUGGAUUUGGAGCUCGGAAUGGUCUCCAAGAAGAAUAGGAGGUGGAAUGAUGUAGUUCUUGCUUACAAGACUCUUGGUGUUGUUUUUGGUGGUCUUGUGACCUCUCCUCUUUAUGUUUAUCCCUCAAUGAACUUGAAGUCUCCUACUGAAGAAGAUUACUUGGGCAUUUACAGUAUAAUCUUUUGGACUUUAACACUAAUUGGGGUUGUGAAAUAUGUCUGCAUUGCCCUUAACGCUGAUGACCAUGGUGAAGGAGGAACUUUUGCUCUAUACUCCUUACUCUGUAGGCAUGCCAAUGUUGGCAUUCUUCCAUCUCGAGACACAGAUUCAAAGACAAACAAUUUAAAUGCAGAACAAUCAUCUUCUGGCAUCAAACAAAGUAGACUUCAAAAGUUCAUAGAGCAAAGUAUGACUGCAAGAAGGAUAUUACUACUUGUUGCAAUACUGGGGAUGUGCAUGCUCAUUGGUGAUGGCAUACUAACACCUGCUAUCUCAGUCUUAUCGGCAAUGGAUGGCCUAAGAGGACCUUUACCUUCUAUUGGUAAAUCUGCUGUGGAAGGUUCAUCUGCUGGAGUUCUUAUUGCACUAUUCUUGUUGCAAAAAUAUGGCACUUCUAAAGUAAGCUUUCUGUUUUCGCCGAUCAUGGCUGCUUGGACUUUUACCACUCCUAUUAUAGGUGUAUACAGUUUUUUGCGAUACUACCCGAGCAUAUUUAAGGCCAUAUCGCCACAUUAUAUAGUGAAUUUCUUUUUGAGAAAGGGAAAGACCGGAUGGCAGUUGCUUGGUGGCACUGUAUUAUGCAUAACAGGUGCGGAAGCAAUGUUUGCAGAUCUUGGUCAUUUCAAUAAGAAAUCCAUUCAGAUGGCAUUCAUAUUCACAAUAUAUCCUUCAUUGGUCCUCACUUAUGCUGGACAAACAGCAUACCUGACAAAGAACCUUAAUGACCAUAGAGAUGGGUUUUACAAAUUUGUACCAGGUCCAGUCUAUUGGCCUAUGUUUGUGAUUGCAACAUCGGCAGCAGUAGUAGCAAGUCAAUCCUUAAUAUCUGCUACAUUUUCUGUUAUCAAGCAAUCAGUAGCUCUCGAUUAUUUUCCUCGUGUUAAGAUUGUCCACACAUCUGCAAUCAAGGAAGGUGAAGUGUACUCACCAGAAACUAACUACAUUCUGAUGAUUCUUUGUGUCACGGCAAUACUUGGCUUCGGUGAUGGACAAGACAUGGGCAAUGCUUUCGGUGUCGUAGUUAUACUAGUCAUGUUCAUUACGACGAUAUUAUUGACUCUGGUCAUGAUCAUUGUUUGGAGAAUUCCAAUUUUAGUCGCUGGAUUGUACUUCAUUCCUUUCUUUAUUAUGGAAGGAGUAUAUGUUAGCGCAGUUUGUACAAAAAUUGUUGAAGGUGGAUGGUUUCCCUUUGUCAUAUCCAUCAUCCUUGCGUCGAUAAUGUUCGGGUGGUAUUAUGGAAGACAGAAAAAAUUAGACUAUGAGAUGACGAACAAAAUAACAGUGGAAUCACUUGGCGGGCUCAUAUCAAGUUCAGAAACCGAAAGAGUUCCUGGACUCUGCUUGUUCUACACCAAUGUACAAGAUGGUUUCACACCGAUAUUAGGACACUACAUCAAGAACUUGCACUCAUUUCACAAAGUAACAAUUUUUACGACAUUUAGGUACUUGUUGGCGGCCAAAGUUGAUCCAAAUGAGAGGAUCAUUGUCAGGAAAUUCGGUCUAACCGGAAUUUACGGCUGCAUAAUUCAAUAUGGAUAUGCUGAUUUCCAUAGUCCAGCUGCAGAUGAAUUGGUGAACCAGAUAAUUAGUAGUCUGAAGACUUAUAUUAGCAAUAAUUCAAAUGGUUUGCUGCCGACAUUGGUCGACGAGGAGAUAUUACAGCUGGAGGAGGCUAAAUCAACCAGUGUGGUGUAUGUCAAGGGUAAGACAAGGUUUCAAACCGGCAAAGAAACUGGUUGGUUCGACAGGAUCAUACUUGGAUUCUAUGAAUUCUUGCACAGAAACUGUCGGUCUGCUGUACCAAACAUUGGUAUUCCCCUGCAACAAAAUAUUGAAAUUGGAAUGCUCUACAAGGCAUAAAUGUAAAUCUUUGUUACAAAUGUAUUAUCUGUGAUCAAUUAAGUUAUUGAAAUGAAAACAAGAUGUUCCACAA